GCACUCUGCUUAAUCAAGUUGGCCCUGACUCCUACACCAAGGCUGCAGGUUGCCACUGAACACAGCUGGUGUUGUGUUGAAACUGUGUAUGAGGAAGUGGUCAGGCUGAGAGCAUCACUGUGCUGUUCAGACAGACUGACACAAAGUCAACAUCCAGUGAACAUGAAGGCUUCAUCUGGUUCUCUGAUUCUCGGCCUGGCUGCUCUGCUGCUGCCUGGACUGACAGUCUCUGCAGUCUUUCUGAAUGCUCGUCCAAACCGUCUGCAGUUCCUGACAGAGGAGUCUGUCUCUCUGAGCUGUGAGGGACAGCAGAGCUCUGCAGGAUGGACAGUGAGGAGGACGGCAGGAGGAGGGAAGGCACAGCGGUGUGGUGACGGUCCACAAGAUUUUGGGAGUUUUGACGGAUCCUCUUGCAUCAUCUCAGACCUCUCCUCAUUAUCAGACAGUGGUGUUUACUGGUGUGAAAACAAUGAUGGGCACAAGACUCCUGAACUCAACAUCACUGUGUCUGAUGUAAUCCUGGAGAUUCCCUUGCUUCCUGUGAUGGGAGGAAGUGAUGUUACACUGCGCUGUAGAACCAGGGACGGAUCCAUAGACAUAGCUUAUUUCUUCAGAAACCGUGUCCGCAUUGGAUCAGGACCUAAAGGGGAAUUUACCAUCAGCAAAGUUAAACAGUCUGAUGAUGGAGUCUACUUCUGUUCUACUGAUCUGAGUGGACACUCUUCACAGAGUCGGCUAAUUGUCAGAGAUCUUUCUCCAACAGAUCGUCCUCUUACUACUCCUUCUCACCACUCUACACUCUCUCCUGAUACUUACCUUCCCUCCACUCCUCCUCCAUCCUCUCCUCUCUCCUCUCUCCUCCUCCCUGUUGUAGCAGCUCUGGUGUCGCUGAGUGUUCUCGUUUCGAUCCUGGCUGGAGUUCUGCUGCUCUGCAAAAGACAAGCAGGCCUGGCUGUGCAGCUGCUGUCUGGACUGGCAGUUUCUGCAGGCCUGGCUGUUCUGCUGCUGGCUGGACUCACAGUCUCUGCAGGUGCCUUCCCUCCUCCCACUGUGUCUAUGGUGAGACUGCUCUGCCAUCUAGUGGUCUUCUGCCCGUACUGCAUGUUGACCAUCCUUAUGUUAUCGAUUUACUGCAGCAAGAAGACAGGAAACAAACAACCUGUCUCCAGAGAGACAGCCGAUCGAGUUGAAGGUGAAGAUUAUGGCAACGUCACCACUGAGCAUGACUUCUGAGCUGAAGAGGCUGAUAGUGCUGAACAUCAUAGUUGCAAUAAAUACCAAUCGUUCUGUUACAGUUAUUCAUCUGAAUAUUACAAACUGACAAGACUCAACAGAUUUUCAGGGUCAGGGAUACUUGUCAUCUGUUGUGUUUGAACAUAAAGUGACACUUUUAAACUUGAAAAAUAAACUCAGAUUUUUUAACGA